AUGUCGGAACCCGUUAGAUCAAAGGCAGACGUUUUGCUUGAACAGUAUGCACCAUUGUUGAAGAACCUCAUUAGAUUUUCAUCUGCAGUUAAUGCAAAAGAUAUAAAGUUUUACAAGAGUUUAGAGCCACGGAUAAGUGACGAGGCGGAAGAGAUCGAUGCGAACUUGGUUGGAAUUAUGAACGAGAUGGUGAUAUCGGCGUCUACAAUCAAUGCCACUCCAAAUGAAGGUGAGAGAUUCAAGGUUGAUUCCGAUGCUGAGAAUACAAAGGUACUAUCGAAUGUCUUAGACACUCUCUUGGAGAGGGUGGAGCUCAAUUUGGACAACCAUUACAGGGCAAGAAAGAAUACAAGGCCUUCACGAGUGAGUGCACAAUUGGACAUUAAUGAUGACGGUUAUACGUAUUUGGACAAAAAUGACAUGAAUAACCCAAAUUCAGGACACUCUUUGCCGGCCAGGUCUAACCCAAAUAUGGACAAACCACAGGCGAAAUUUCUGGACCCUAUAGACAAUUUCGAAAAGACACCAUUCAAGCCUUUAAUCAAAUUCAAGCCAAAUGCAAUGAAACCAUUGGAUGAAUCUUUACAGUUGGUGGAAGCCACUGAUGAAAUUCCGGAGCAUUAUGAAAACCCUUAUUCUUAUGAGAUAAUGAAUGCAGAGUAUCCGUCGUGGAUAUUGGAGCCUGUUCCGCUGGAUGAAAGAUACGAAUCCAUCCCCUGGGAAGGUUCUCCAGCGGCAGAGUGGAUUGAUUCUCCAGAACAAUUGUCAAAAUUAUUGAUUGAAUUGAACAAAUGCAAAGUGUUUGCAAUUGAUUUGGAGCAUCACGAUUACAGAACGUACCAUGGUUUAACUUCGUUGAUGCAAAUCACCACUGAUUCAAAGAAAGAUUACCUUAUAGACCCCUUAUCUCCUCAAUUGCGUCCUCAUUUACCGAUGCUUAAUGAAGCCUUCACAAACCCAAACAUUGUAAAAGUCUUACAUGGUGCCUUUAUGGACGUUAUAUGGUUGCAACGUGACUUGGGGUUAUAUUUGGUUUCGUUGUUUGAUACUUUCCACGCAGCAAAGCAGUUAUCAUUAGGCAAAUAUUCCUUGGCUUUCCUGUUGGAGGAAUAUGUUAGAUUCCGUACAUCAAAGAAGUGGCAGUUGGCCGAUUGGAGAAUUAGGCCGUUAUCAUCAGAGAUGAUGGAUUAUGCCAAGGCUGAUACUCAUUUCCUUAUUGAGGUUUUCUAUAAAAUGCAUGACGAAUUACUGAAAAUCCCACAAGCCUUACAAAAGACACUCUAUGCAUCUAGGAAGGUUGCAAUUAGAAGAUUUGAAUACUCCACUUUUAGACCUAAGAAUUUAAGUAUGAGCAGCAAUAAUGCAGUGGUUACAACCUCAUAUUCUGUGCCAUUAACUGAUGAGGUCCAAAAAAAUCUCAACUUAGGCUACGAUAGAGAUCUACCAUGGACUAGUUUGAUCUUUAGUAAUAACGUAGCGUUUGAGAGACGACCUUUAUUAGAGAUUUUAUUCAAAUGGAGAGACCAGGAAGCCAGAAAAUUGGACGAAAGCUCCAGAUUCAUAAUGAGUGACUUUAUGUUGAUUUCAUUGAUUAAUGCAUUUCAAAUUGGACAUCCUGAAAACGUCAAUAUUAGUUCAGUCAUGGCAGUUAUAAAUAAAACGUCAAAAUUUGGUGGUUCCUUUUACGUAAGAAAGAUAGUUAAAGAAUUGACUGAGGUUAUUAAGAACGCUGUCAUUGAACUAGAAGGAGUGGAUCUUAACGAAUUGAUGCAGAAGAUUGAUGAUGACAAGAAUGAACUGGCCAAUCAGAUUGAAAAAGAAGUCAACAAAUAUAUCAGUGAAGAUGCAUAUGAGAAUGUCAAAGAUGUUAAUAAAUUAGGUCAGCAGUUUGGACAUUUUAUAGAAUUCUACAAUAGAACAAAUCCACAGGUAGCACACAGUGAUCUAAAAACUAACAUUUCAACUAUUGAGGAGUCGAGUGAAGAUGGUUUAUUCUCCAUCAAAUACGGCAAAAAUGGAAAGGCAGAGCCAAUCAAAAACAGAGAUAUCAAUGAUCGAAUCAGCAAAGUUGUUGAGUUUUUCACUGAAGAAAUGGGCAAGAGUGAUGUAACAUACGAAAUCGAUCAGGAAGAUGUUGAAGAAUUUGAACGCAAAGAAAUGGAACCAGAGCAAGAGUCUAAACAACAGGAGAUCAAUGAACGUGACGAAAUCAUCACAUUGCGUAAGAAGCAGUCCCAAAGCCACAAUCCAAGAAAGAGAAAGAUGAAUGAAGAGGUUGAUCUCAGUAUUGACUUCAACAAGAGCAUUAUGAACAUGGGCGACGAAGGCUUGAGUAGACGUGAGAAACGGAACAGAAAGCAAGAGCAAAACAAGCCUUCAUUCAACCCAUAUGGUACAGGCAUGCUUGAAGAGCUAAAUGUUCCAAAACUAAAGAAAAAGAAGAUUGUUGAAAGAGGUAAAAAUGUCGUUUUCAAGAAGAAAUGA